ACUGUCUAUUUCUACCCUUUCUCUUUCUAUCUGAAUUUUCUCGUUCAUUUCCCAAACGAACUCAAACAGCCUCUGCUUUUCUCAGGAAUCAGCCCUUUUUUUACCUUUGCUUACUGCUUUUGAUUUCAUCUCAUUUCUGGGGUAUCUGUCAGCUUAGCCAUGAACCACUGUAUUCCUGAUUGGAAUUUUGAGUAUGAUCUCCCUAUCCCCAAUCACAAAAAACUCUUGGGCCAAGACAAUGAGCUAGUAGAGCUAUUAUGGCAAAAUGGACAGGUAGUUUUGCACAGCCAAACUCAAAGAAAACAUGUGCAAGGACAAAAAAGAGAACAACCAACAUUAAGAGGGGGUGCUACUUGCUUAACAUAUGGAAAUUCAAGUCAUCUAAUUAAUGAUGAUGAAACAACCUCAUGGAUCCAAUACCCUCUUGAAGAUUCCUUUGAAAAAGAGUUCUGUUCCAACUUUUUCUCUGAACUUCCAUCAUCUGAUCCAUUGGAAACUGAUGAUAGUAAGCCUAACAGACAGUUGGACCAGCAUCAACCACAGUUUGUCAAGUCUAGUUCUGCCUCCCCUGCUCUCCAUAAUAUGACUGUAAAUUCCCAGCAACUUAAUGUCAGUUCUGCAGUGCCAGAAUUUCGUGGAAACCCGAUGCCUCCUCCGAAAUUUCAGUUUGAUUCAGCCCAACUGAAUAAAAGUUCAGAAGGUUUAAGCAAGGUUUGUAAUUUUUCGCCCGGAGCAGAACAUACAGGGGUGAAUAGUAGUGGUGGCAAUUUGAUACAAAGAGAAGUUAAAGAGUGUUCGGGAAUGACAGUUGGAUCAAGCUACUGUGGCAGCAAUCAAGUUAGAAACGAUAUUGACUUUAGCCGAGGAUCAAGCAAUGGUUUUGGAACUACAACUACUGGUUUAUCUGCAGGGACUUCGAAAGAUGAUGCUCCAAAAGCAAUUGUUCAAAAUGAAACGGGAAAAACUGAGACUAUUGAACCCACUGUUACUUCUUCUUCAGGUGGAUCUGGAAGUAGUCUUGAUAGAACAUGCAAGCAAUCAACUGGAGUCAUCAGUAGCCAUAAAAGGAAGCGCAGAGAUGGGGAGGACUAUGAGUGCCAAAGUGAGACUGCUGAACUUCAAUCAGCUGCUGGAAAUAAGCCAACGCAACGAUCUGGGUCUUCUCGCCGGAGUCGAGCUGCUGAAGUGCAUAAUCUAUCGGAGAGGAGACGGAGGGAUAGGAUCAAUGAGAAGAUGCGGGCGUUGCAAGAGCUCAUACCUCACUGCAACAAGACCGACAAAGCAUCUAUGCUAGAUGAGGCAAUUGAAUAUAUGAAGUCGCUUCAGUUACAGCUUCAGGUGUUUCAGGUAAUGUGGAUGGGAAGUGGGAUGGCGCCAAUGAUGUUUCCAGGAAUCCAACAUUACAUGUCCCGCAUGGGAAUAGGAAUGGGUCCACCUCCAUUGCCUUCCAUUCACAAUCCUUUGCAUCUGUCUAGGGUGCCUGUAGUUGAUCAGUCCAUGUCUAUGGCUCCUUCACAAAACCAAGCUGCAACCUGCCAAACCCAACAGUUGAAUCAAGUUAAUUACCAACAUCCUAUGCAAAAUCCCACCUUUUCAGAGCAAUAUGCACGGUUUUUGGGCUUUCAUCAUAUGCAAACUGCCUCUCAGCCAAUGAAUAUGUUUGGAUAUGGUCCACAAACUACAGGGCAAAGUCCAGUGGUAUCAGCCCCUAGCGGUAGUGGACCUUUCACCGGAGGAGCAGCUACAACCAAUAACACUUCUCCUAGUGGCAAGAUGGGUUAAUUCAUGAAGAGAAGGCAAGGGGGUCCAUAACAACUUGAUAGAAGCUGAUACUGCUUACUAUGCACAGCCCUUUCUUUCACAAACGGUUUCUAUGCUUAAGGGUCCAGCGUCCAUCAUCAAUACUAGAGGAUAUUAAGAGUCACAUCUCCUAUGCAUAUAUCAGUUAUAAUCACUCGACCAGGCUUUGAAUUAAUUUGUUGUAUGACCAUUUCAUUGAAUGGUCAUGAGACUUGAUUUCGAGAUGGAAAACAAACGCCAGUUGUGCUGCUACUUGCUGGGAUUCUGGCAAAUAAGACAGCUACCGCCGUUUCCUGAUGUAUUUAUAGAUAAAUCCAUAUUCUUAUUUGCUCGCUGUUUAGAUGACGAUGAUGUAGCAAAUCUUAUAUAAAUUAACAUGUUUCUGUGUUUUAAAUUAUAGCUGUUUGAUUGUACGAAGGAAUAAGCUCGAUCUUGUAAUGUUAAUGUCUUUUUCGAAGAA